CUCCAAGUUAAUUACAUCUCUUCCUCUCUCUCUCCUUUCACAUUUUUCUUCAUUAUACACAAAAGGAGAGAGAGCUUUGAUAUAUUCAACAAUGGCGAUCUUUAGCAGAAGCUUCUUCGCUCUCUCAGCAACUCUAAUCAUUCUAGCAUUAUGUAUAAAUGCAUCAACAAUGGCUCAAGAAACAGAGGAGCUAAAGUCUCAUAGCUCCAGUAAUUCAUCAACGGCUAAUAAGUUACCUAACGACGACGGUGCAUGGAAUGAACACGCCGUUAAAAACCCAGAAGAAGUAGCUGCAAUGGUCGAUAUGACGAUUAAGAACAGUACGGAGCGGAGGAGGUUAGGAUUGUUCUCAUGCGCCACCGGAAACCCAAUCGACGACUGUUGGAGAUGUGAUCGGAAUUGGCAUCUCCGACGAAAGCGUCUCUCUAAUUGCGCGAUCGGAUUCGGUCGUAACGCAGUCGGAGGACGAGAUGGUCGUUACUACGUCGUCACAGAUCCAUCAGACCACGACGCGGUUAAUCCACGACCAGGAACGCUCCGUCACGCCGUGAUUCAAGAUCGUCCGUUAUGGAUCGUCUUCAAACGCGACAUGGUGAUUACUCUGAGUCAAGAGCUAAUCAUGAAUAGCUUCAAAACAAUCGAUGGAAGAGGCGUGAACGUUGCAAUCGCAGGCGGUGCUUGUAUCACGAUCCAGUUUGUGACGAAUAUUAUCAUCCAUGGGAUUAAUAUACAUGAUUGUAGAAGGACUGGUAAUGCUAUGGUUCGAAGCUCGCCGUCGCAUUAUGGGUGGAGGACUAUGGCGGAUGGUGAUGCUAUAUCGAUUUUUGGAUCGAGUCAUAUUUGGAUUGAUCAUAAUUCUUUGUCUAAUUGUGCUGAUGGAUUGAUUGAUGCGAUUAUGGGAUCUACUGCUAUUACUAUCUCCAAUAACUAUAUGACUCACCACAACGAGGUUAUGUUGAUGGGGCAUAGUGAUUCAUACACUAGAGACAAGUUGAUGCAAGUUACAAUAGCAUAUAACCAUUUUGGGGAAGGGCUUAUACAGAGAAUGCCGAGGUGUAGACAUGGUUAUUUCCAUGUUGUAAACAAUGAUUAUACUCAUUGGGUAAUGUAUGCAAUUGGUGGAAGUGCUAACCCUACCAUCAAUAGCCAAGGCAAUCGGUUCCUUGCCCCGGGAAACCCUUUUGCCAAAGAGGUGACAAAGAGGGUAGGUUCAUGGCAAGGGGAAUGGAAGCAAUGGAACUGGAGAUCGCAGGGAGACCUAAUGCUCAACGGUGCCUACUUCACUAAAUCUGGAGCUGCUGCUCCUGCAAGCUAUGCCAGAGCCUCUAGUUUGGGAGCUAAACCAGCUUCCGUUGUAAGUAUGCUCACCUACAGCUCUGGUGCCCUUAGAUGCAGGAUCGGUAUGCGGUGUUAGUUAAUUGUAUAAUCCUCAAACCCAAGACCGAAGAGGAUACUGACUAGCUGAGGGAGACAAAAGAAGAAAAAUAACUUGUUUUCUUCGUUCCCGUCAUUUACACUUUCAU